AUGCUCGCCCUCUCCGCCGACAUGGACGACUCCUCGUCGCUGCUGGAUCUCCUGGAGUGCUCGGUGUGCCUGGAGCGCCUGGACACCACCGCCAAGGUGCUGCCGUGCCAGCACACCUUCUGCCGCCGCUGCCUGGAGAACAUCGUCAGCUCCCGGAACGAGCUCCGCUGCCCGGAGUGCCGCAUCCUGGUGGACUGCGGAGUGGACGACCUGCCCGCCAACAUCCUCCUGGUGCGCCUCCUGGAUGGUAUCAAGCAGCGGCCCCAGCGAGGGAGCUUAGGGGGAGGAGGAGGAGGAGGAGGUGGAGGAGUGGGAGCGGGCGGCAGGCAGUCCCUGGCCGGGGGCGCUCUGCAGGGGUACGCGGCCGGGAUAUGCGCCUCCCCGCCGGGCACCGCGAUCCGAGAGCUGCCCGUGGCCACCAGGAGCUCCCCCGUCAAGAAUAUCCCGGCGCUGCCAUGUGGUAAAGCCCUCUACUCCUAUGAGGGCAAAGAACCAGGUGAUCUUCAGUUUUCCAAGGGUGACAUCAUCAUCCUGCGGCGCAAGGUGGAUGACAACUGGUACCACGGGGAGCUCAAUGGUUGCCACGGUUUCUUACCAGCCAGUUACAUCCAGCUGUUGCGUCCCUUGAGUCAAACUCCUCCCCAGGGCAAGGCGCUGUAUGACUUUGAGGUCAAAGACAAAGACCAGGAUAAAGACUGUCUGGCCUUCAGCAAGGAUGAGGUGCUAACAGUAAUCAGGCGAGUAGAUGAGAACUGGGCAGAAGGAAUGCUAGGCGACAAGAUUGGAAUCUUCCCCAUCCUCUAUGUUGAGUUAAAUGAGACAGCGAAGCAGUUGAUGGAGAUCGACAAGCCUCUGCCAGCCAAUGCGCCAGGUCCGAGCUCCGACCCAGCCCCGUUGGGCCCCUGCACCCCGGGACCCUCGCCGAGCGCCUCCCCAUCCAAUGGGAACGGCUCUGGCCACCGGAGGAGCGAGGGAAAGAAAAACGCCAAGAAGAGGCAUUCGUUUUCUGCCCUGUCCGUUAGCCAGAGGGCCGCCCAGCUGAACAACAGGCACAGCAUGGAGAUCUCCCACCCGGUCCUCAUCAGCUCCUCUGACCCCAGAGCUGCUGCGCGCAUCCAGGAUGCAUCUCCACCUGGUCCCUCGCCCUCCUCGGCAGGCGUUCCGCUGUCCCCCAAAGUGGCCUCUCUAACCUCGGAGCUGUUGGCCCAUGCGAAGGUGCAGCUGCCACUCAACAUAUAUUUGGCUCUGUAUGCUUACAAACCCCAGAAGGCAGACGAGUUGGAGCUUAGGAAAGGGGAGAUGUACCGGGUAACAGAGAAGUGUCAGGAUGGAUGGUUCAAAGGCACCUCGCUGAGAACGGCUGCCUCUGGUGUCUUCCCAGGAAACUACGUCACCCCUGUGUCCAGGGCUCCAUUUGGGGUUGGUGCUACGCGGGGCUCGUGUUUGUCCAGUCCAGUCGGUGGAGGAAGUGGGUGCAGUCAGGCAUCGAGCAAAGUUUCCGACCCUUCGUCCCCGGGCCCCUCUUCGUCCCGUCCCUCCACCCCGCUCGUGACCUCAGCCAACUCUGUUAACAGCAUCAGCCUCGUCUCCUCGCCGCAAACUGCCGCCACCCAGCUGAAGAACUGCCUGCGCUUUAGCCAGCACACGGUCAACCAGGCACGCACCUCAAUGCAGCUCGUCCACAGUCCUCCCGCUGGGAGCCCGGAGCGGCCUGCAGUGGCCCUCUCCCCCCUGCGUCCUCAGAGCUCCUCCCCGCUGCGCUGCCCGGGCCAGUCGGGCCGUCCCCACUCCAUGGUGUCCCCGGCGUCCAGUUUAGGGCCCUCCCCCCUCUCCUCCCCGGCCUCUCGUCCCAUCCUCCCCCUCUCCUCCCCGCUCACCUGCCUCACCCCUCCAAACGUUUCGGCAGUGCUCCUCAACGGCGAGCCGGCCAGUCCCCUGCAGCCGCCGUCCCCGGGCCCGUCCAGCGCCUCUGCUCACGGUGCCCUCGCACCCAAACCAGAGAAGAAGGAGAGGAAAGCUGCAGGUUUAUUAAAGCUCUUGUCGGGGGCAGCAGCUAAGAAGAAAUCCCGUUCGCCCCCUUCUUCUCCGCCUACCCAUGACCCCUCACUGUCUUGUCAAGGGGCUGUGGCAACCGACCCGACCCACCAUCCUCACCACCACCACCACCAUGCCCGUUCCGGUUCCUGUCCCAUGGCCUCACAGGGACGAGCUGGCUCCUGUCCAAUCGAAAGUGAGAUGGCAGGUGCCAUUGGGCUGGAGCCUCUACACAGGAAGUCUGGAUCUCUGGAUACCAACUUCCCCAUGUCACCGCCCACCACAAGAGCUGGCAGCGCUCUCAUGGUUCUCAGGCCAGAACCCAAACCUUUGUCAAGAGAGAGGUUUCGGGUUGUGGUUCCUUACCCUCCUCAGAGCGAGGCGGAGAUUGAGCUACGGGAAGGGGAUGUGGUGUUCGUUCAUAAGAAGAGGGAGGACGGCUGGUACAAAGGCACCCUGCAAAGGACAGGACAGACAGGACUGUUUCCGGGCAGCUUUGUCGAGAGUUUCUGAACUACAGCCAGCGGACAAGCAGACAUCCUCCCGUAUCUGAGUUAUACAACACACAAGCACACACACACCAACUUGUUUUUUCUAUCUUUGUAGUGUUUCACCACUGACAUUGUCCAUUCUCGAGCCGCCACAGCUAACCCUGACCCUAAACCAAACACGAACCUGCAUCUAUCUCCGACCAUAAAACAAAGUUUUUACCAUCAAAAAAGCCCUCUAACCAUGUAGGAUCCACCAUUUGGAUCAUAUGAAUAUAGGAAAACAAGAUCAUGAACAUGAACACACAUUCACACAAUAGUUUGGCUGAUAUUGGUUUGACUUUUAACUUCCUUUGAAAAAUAAAAUAACAAAUACAAAGUUAAAACCUGCCUUAAGAAGCUUCUAACCCUUCAAAUAUGUAAUUAACCUGGAUUAAAGAUAGAUAAACUGUUCAACAACACUGGACUUACCAAUCGUAAUAUAUUUGAUGAAACCACAAAGCAUCAUGAGUGGUAACUAUUGGCCUUCGGAAAUCCACAGUAGUCAAAUCAUUUAAACACAUUCACACACUCUAGGGUAGGAUUUACUCAUUACUCAUGUUUGAGACCCAGGAACUUGACUACUGAAGCCACAGACUGAAAGAGCACAGAAAGAUGAGUCCUAACUCUUGGUUCUCCUCUUCAGCAUCAUCCACCAGCAAGCACUAGCACAAAAAGCAUUAGCUCUGCUUUUCCACAGAGACCUCAGAACUUGAAUCCGGGUGCUUUCUUUCUUUGAGAAGAGAAAUUAUACAGCCAGGUGAUGAGGGACAUGCGCCAGCCUACACUCCACCAUCAUUGUAAGCACAUUUCUGCGAUCAAUCUGUGACAACAAGCACAUGUUUCUUUUCAGUCCAGUAUAUGUUAAGAAUGCAUGUAGCAUUAUUACGUUAUUUUCUAUGUUGUGGUCAGUGUUUGUGUUGUCCUGCUGUGAUAAUCUGUCACAAGACAUUUUAUUUAAAAAGCAAUGGUGCAAGAAGUUAAGCCCAAAUUGGAUAAUUGAUUUUUCUAUUUAUAUGUCUUAAUUAAAUGUCUUCAACUUUUAACGUUCAUUGAAUCAGACUUUCAUAGAACCCCAAAGCCAGAUUAACCCGAGUUAGCUGGCUUGUUGAAUGUAAGAAAAAAACAGAAAGUCACACCAAAUCAGAUUUUAUUUUUAUUUUCCCUUGUAUUUAUGAAGUUGUUUUUGAAUUUUUGGUAUGAGAUUAGAAACAAAUGCACUUGGUGGUAUCGUCAGAGCCUGCCUUUAUAUUCACAUACAGUAUUUUAAACAUGUAUUUACUUGUCUGAGGGAUUUUCACAGCUUCUUGUCCAGUCUCUCUAUUUUGAAAUUGUUUUUAUGUAAGCAGUCACAAACCAGUGCGGCAAAAUGACUAAUCUUUAUCCAGCCUUUUCAGUUUGAAACAUGGACCUUUCUUAACAUACAAACAGAAAAUAAUUAUAGGACUGUCAUUGGAAAUGUAUUGCUUAGUUUUUGAAGGAUCUUUUGUUAUGGGGACUCAUCUUCCUCAGAUCUUUCUGGGAAAGUUGUCAACAAUUUUUGUCUGACUGCACCAACAUCUCGGAAUUAAAAUGAGCAAAUCCAAUGCCCUUGUAUGAAUGUACAGUCGACUGGGGAAGAGGAUACCUGCCAGUCAGGAGGAAAGACACAAAUUUUUGCUCGAGCAACUGCCAGCCUUUAAAUUUUUAUCUUGGAGCUUGGAUCCAGUCUGGUUUACAUUCUAGCACAGUCCUCUACCCUCUGUCCCUGUUUGCGGAGACUGAAGAGCAAGAACACAAAGACAAGACUUAUUCUUAUUACCAAGCACAAAAAUGUCCAGUUCAUCCCAACCUGACUGUAAACAGAGUGUCUGUUAGUGACUGUUGAUCCUCCUUGGUUGACUGCAUUGCUAUGACAACAUAAUAUAUAUAUUUUUUUCAUUUCAUCGUUUAACAAAAAUGUCUAAAUUGACAAAACUCGAGAGUUUGGGAUAUAUUAUUUUUAUCAGAGUAAAUGUAGUCAUGAUGUCAUCCUACUAGAUCCUCAAAGAUUUGGAGCAUACAAGCACAAGCAAGAAGAAAAGAGCAGAGAUAACAAAUUAGAAAUGGAGAUACUGUAAAACCUUCCCAUCUUCACCUCCCAAAAUAGUUUUUGUUGAAUAUAUUAUUAAGUAUUGGUAAGAAAGAGGAACAAGCCUGCAUUUUUAAAAAGCAAGGCUCUUCUGGUCCAUGGCACAACAGAUGAAACCAAAAAACUGUUUGAAUUAUUUUACUGCAAUUAUUUUUACUGCAACAGGUCUCAGCUUAUAUAAGCUUGUAAUUUUUUUGUUUAUAUAUGGAUAUAAAUAGACUUUGUUUGAUUUUAAACACAUUACAUGUUUGGCCUGUUUGGUCUAUCUAUUGACAGUGUAUUUAAGUAUUCAAAACCGAGACAUCUGAAUAUCAGCGGGGCAUUUUGAUUCAAAAGGGCAACUAUUUUUCCUGACACUACCAAAAGGGACAGUUGCAUGACACCCAUGUAAACAAAUCCCUGUUUUCCUUUCAAAUCUGUCAGUCAAGCCUUAGUGCCUACAUAUGUCAGCAAAUACACAAACUUUGCAGAACAGUGGCCUCUCUCCCAGUCUUUUUGUCAGUAUACCGAGCCCGCUGGUUGCUUUCAAUCAGCUCUGUUCUGUUUGGCUCGCUAAUUAAUACCAGCAGAUCCCAGAUCAACUCUUAACAAUCCCUGAGCAGUUUUUUUAUUUUAUUUUUUUUAUCCAUUUGUUUUAGUCCUGAACUAAGGACUCAGAUUUCUACAAUGGAAAACCUGAUCAUAGUUUUUUUUAGUUUGUGCCACAGAUCAGCUUUCCAUGGCGUUGAUGCUCUGAGUUGAAAGAGUUUACAACGGUUAAAAAAUGUCAGGAAUAACACCACUGCACAGUGGUCACUUUAGAUCAAAUAACUUGAAGUGCUGGUUUUCUUUUCUUUCUUUUUUUUUUUCUUGUGUCUAAAUUGUGUGACGUAAGCUUGUCAUUCACUCAGCUUCCUGGUUGUAAAAUGAUGCUUGAAAGUUUACGUUGACAGCUUGAAAAAAUGCGACAGAAUCCUAUAAAGGAGUUGUAAUUCCUUCUGGGCACGGACUUUUCAAAUGAACAUCCACAUGAUGCUCAAUCUACAAUUGGACUGACAUGAAAUGAGCUGGAUAGCCUGCUGAUUUGGGCUGAUGGAGGCACCACUGUUGGCACACGCGGUCCUGUUCUGACAGCACUCGCAGGAGCUUGGCGGUAGGCCGGUAAAGUUGCCACCAUGGCACCUGUUUCAGAUUGCCUCCUCAUACAUGAUGGAUUUAGGCACUGUAUGCUCUGCUCCCAGGAAGCUUGAGCGCUCACUCUGCCAUUUUCAAUUUAAUGUCAGCCAUAUUUGUUCUUAUGGAGAAUUGUAUGUGUUUGUGUGUGUGCGUGUGUG